AUGAAUACUUUGGGGUUUCAUUCAACCACAAUUGCUUUUGUGGUGUAUCGGAAGGUACGUACUAACCGGCUCUUUGCAGAUGAGAGCGAACUGAGUGAAAAGGCCGUCGCGAUGGGUCUGCGUCGGCUGACCUUCCACAGUCCUGAUGAACGCGAGCGACUAUUCGUUCAGUCGGGACAUAGACGAUGCUGGAUAGGUUCCUUCCUACUCGUAGGGUGGUGCGCGGUUCUUAUCUGUUCUGGUGUUAACAUGGUGUUCUUCGCGAUCAUCUCGUAUUUCCCUGAUGUUCUUACAAGCUGGGGUACUGACUGGAAUGGUGUCAUGGGUCCCUGGCUUUACGUAUUCGUUCUCUUCCACGUAUUGGCUGCAAUAAUGAUUACGUUCUUCCACGUAAUGCGAGUCAAUUUUAUGUUGCCUGAGGUCAGCAUGAGGGAAGCCACGCACGUCCUUAUUGAGGAGGAAGUAGACGCCAUUGACGAGAGCGAUAUGGUUGAUCCUGGAAUGACCGAUGAUGAAGCUGUUCCUGGUGUCUUGAGGCAGCUCGUCGAUGGUUGGAACGACAUUAAGAACAAGUAUAAGCAAGCUUCGUGCACUACUCUGGUACCUGUUAUGGUCGAUAAGGAGACCAAGCAUCGUGGGUUCGAGUACACCUGUGUACGCUAUCUGUACGAUGAGGAUGACGAUCGUUUCCGUCCAGUAGGCGCUGCUGAGAAGACCGCUGAUGAAGCUCACGCUUUGCUCAAGGCUGGUGGGUUGACAUUCGAAGAGGCCAAUGAUAUGGAGAAGGUUACCGGUCCGAAUGCUAUCAGGGUUAGGGUACCGGGAAUACUCGAGAGCAUCUUGGUGGAGUUCUGUGAUGUCAUAUACGUCUUCCAAUCCAUCGGUGCUUGGUCUUAUGUCGCUUUCUCUACUUGGAACAUCGGCAUCAUCUGGUUGGCUAUGAUGCUUGGUGCUGGUCUCAUCCGAGCCUUGUUCAUCGUUCGAGUCAGUCAGAAGAAGAUCGCUAACAUGGCUAAGCUUGAGACUCGUGUGCACGUCCUUAGGGACGGGGAGUGGGUCGAAGUAGGAUCCCAGGAUGUAGUUCUGGGUGAUCUGGUUCGUGUCGAAGAGCAAGAUCCACUACCAUGCGAUGGUAUCGUUGUAAGCGGUACUGUCAUUGUUAAUGAGUCGAUGUUGACGGGUGAGCCAAUGCCUAUCCAGAAGUUCCCUCUUGAGGAUCUUCCUGGUGCUUCGGUUGGUCAGAAGAAUUGUGCAUAUGCUGGUACGAUCUGUAUGCAGUCUACUGGUUCCUUUGACGGCAAGGCUGUGAUGUUGUGUACUGCCGUGGGUGCUCUCACGAGCAAGGGUCAACUGGUCCGAAUGGUCCUGUUCCCCCAGUCUGUGAGGUUCAAGUAUAACGAUCAACUGCCAAUAAUUUAUACCAUUAUGUUCUGUUAUGCUAUGUUGAUAACUGUGCUAUAUGCCACCCUCACUGAUCUGGGAUCAUGGAUUGUUACGGUAUUACAGAUACUCAACACGAUUGCACAGUCUAUGAAUCCCAUGCUCCCAGUGUCGAUGGUCAUGGGACAAUCAGUGUCAUCCAAGAGGCUCGAGAGGAACGAGAAGAUCGCCUGUUUGCAACCUGGGAGAAUACCCGUCGCUGGUAAGAUAUCCACCAUGGUGUUCGACAAGACGGGAACGAUUACGAAGGAUGGGAUGGACUUCGCGGCGGUGAUCCCUGUGGACCUGGCAUCCGGUGCUUUCCUCGAUCGCGUGGUCUUCGACAAUGAUCUGCCUGUUGGUGACGAUACGAACCAUCAUGUUGUGGCCGAAAAGGUUCCCUUGGUGUUGCAAUAUGGUUUGGCCUCGUGUCACACUGUCACAUCGCUCCGUGAUGGUAGUCUAGUGGGUAAUCAUGUGGAUGUUGCUAUGUUAACUACUACUGGUUGGUCAUUGCCUGAUCCUGAUUCGGGAAGCAGUGUUAUUAGGUCUCCAGCUGGCGUUGCCUCUCAUAAGCUGGAGGUUGUGAAAGCUCUUGACUUCGACCACAAACGUAUGACCUCAGGCGCGGUUGUCCGUGAUUUGGACACCAAGGAAGUUAUGGUCAUCGUGAAGGGUUCUUAUGAGCGAAUUCAUGCUCUUUCUGUUAAAGAUUCUAUCCCUGCUGACUUCGUUACAGUCUCUGAGGGAUGUGCUGCUGACAACUUCUACACUCUAGCCAUGGCCAUCAAGACUAUGCCGAGUUCGAUCUCUGAUGAGGAAGUCGUUUCGACAAGUCGCGAUGAGCUCGAGGAUGGUCUGAGAAUGUGUGGUCUGCUGCUAUUCCGUAACGAGAUGAAGCAUGAUUCGCCCGCUGCUAUUCAAGCUCUCAAGGAUGGUAACGUACGUAGUGUCGUGUGUACUGGUGAUAACGUAUUAACGGGUGUUGCUAUUGCUAAGCAAUGCCAUAUUCUUGAUGGUGACGCUAAAGAAGGGAGGAUACUUAUUGGAGAUCUGAACAAGGAGAUUAAUGAGAUAGUGUGGUCGGACUCGGACACUGGUGAACGGGGAUGCAUACCUGUUCCUGGUGUUGAUCAGCUAGCUGUCACACAAGGUGCAUGGAGAUACCUACAUUCUCACAGAGAGAAGUUGGAAUUCAUAUGGGAAGACAUUUUCGUGUUUGCCCGUAUGAAGCCAGAGGAUAAGGUUAACGUAACGAAGUACCUUCAGUCUCGUAAGCUUGUUGUUGGUAUGUGUGGUGACGGUGGUAACGACUGUGGGGCUCUUCGUGCUGCUCAUGCUGGUAUGGCCUUAUCUGAUGCCGAGGCUUCUAUGGUAUCGCCAUUCAGCUCUGGUCGUGAUGGGCGCUCCCUCUUUACAGUUGUUGAUAUGAUUCGUGAAGGUCGCGCUUGCCUUACUACUCAGUUGGCCACUUACUCCUUCUUUAUUGUCUAUGGAUAUGUGUUAACCUGUAUUCGUCUAUCCGGUACCAUCAUUGGUAACAUUAACGUCGGCGAAUGGGUGUGGUUGACCAUGGAUAUAAUGAUUGGUGUAAUUAUGGUAUGGACGAUGACUUUAUCUGGCCCGACUAAGAAGUUGGCCAAGUUCCGCCCUACAGCUUCCUUAUUGGGAUGGAGAACCAUCCUUGCUUGCGCUGUGCCAAUUGUCUCCUAUUAUACCUUCCAGAUCAUCACAUAUGCUGUUCUAUGGUCUCCCUACAACUCGAGCUGGUAUCAAUAUGUGAACACACUAGACAUUGAUAUCCCUCCUAAAGACUGGAUGAAGAAGGGUGAUAACUACGACGCUCCUCCUCAAGUGUUCAUGUUGUUUACUGUGCUCGUCACACAAGCUUAUGUUGCUACGUAUGGUGGUCACUUCAGAAAGAACAUAGUCUUUAACUGGGCAAUCAAUAUCCUGUAUGGUUGUUUCCUCGUUAUGAUAUUCUGUCUGCUAUGGGAAGAGCCGAGCGAUUUCCCCUGUGUCUAUCGUGUCAACUGUGACACAGGAUCAUCGCUCGAGACCAAAGACAUUCCCCUUAUCUCGCAGUAUUCUGUUGGCGAUAUUGGUGGUUGUUUCUUGGGUCCCCAAGUUCGCACUUACCAGUUGUCGACUCCCGCAAUGGACAGCUGGAUUCCCGAUCCAGCAUAUGAUUGCAGACCGAAUGGUCCGGGUUCCGACAUUGCUAUUGAGGAGUACCCCUGGUCAUCACCUGAGAUCUCAACACUUGGUUAUGAUGGGCCUAACAACGCCUAUCCUAGAAGCUAUCGCCUUGCGAUGACUUGGAUACUGGUCGGAUAUAUAGUACUUCAGCAUUUAUUCGUCCAGUUCGGUUUGCUGGGUCCUGUAUCGGCAUACCUGAGAAAGCUCCAAAUGCGUCGAAAUGAUAGAGAGGCGGUUGUCGAUGAGAAGGAGACGAGUGAUUAGGUUCUCCCUCACCGAGAACAUGUUCCUUCUUAUUCUGAAGCCAAACUUUCUCCUAUUUUUUGCUCAUAUGAAUUGAGCCUUUUUCGUGCAUCCCUUAUGCGGGAUUCGCACGCUCUUUACGACACGAUUGAUCGAGAGACUUAACGGAAUAACUCUCUCGGUUUCUAAGUGUCGUCUCAUCUCUGUUUACUCGACAUUCUUAGCAAGUCUUAUUGCGUUUAGAAAAAACCCUUUCAAGAGGAAGUAUCUCUACUUCUAUCUUGGUCGGGUAUUGCUCUGCGACUAGCAG